AAACUUUGUUAUUUUCCUAUUUAACCCAUAACCAUUACACAUAUCCAAAUUUCCUUCCAUUGAUCACAUAACUCAUGCCAAAUCUACCUCCUCUUCCUCCUCCACCGCAGUUGCAACCGCCCGAAACGCCAUCAUGGGAAACUCCAUCUUCUGUAUGGUAUACUCCAAGAACCACUCCAUGGAGAACACCACAAAGCACACAAUCCACACCAGUUGGCCAAAUGGUCUUAACAAAGCCAGCAACGGUUAGAUUCAACGGUCUUGAUGCAGAGCCGAGGAAAGAUAGGGUGAUUCUCCGUCAGCCAAGGAGUAGCAGGACCAGUCUGUGGAUAUGGUGUGUUGCCGGUUUAUGUUUUGUGUUCAGUCUUUUGCUUAUCUUCUUUGCGAUUGCUACUUUGAUUGUGUUUCUUGCGAUUAGACCAAGAAUACCUGUUUUCGACAUCCCAAACGCGAACCUACACACGAUCUACUUUGACUCGCCAAUGUUUUUCAACGGCGAUUUGUCGAUGCUGGUGAAUUUCACAAACCCUAAUAAGAAGAUAGAAGUGAAGUUUGAGAAGCUUCGGAUUGAGCUCUUCUUCUUCAAUAGAUUGAUUGCAGUGCAAGUGGUCCAGCCAUUCUCGCAGAAAAAGCGUGAGACGAGGUUGGAACCAAUCCGUUUGAUCUCUAGUUUGGUAGGCUUGCCUGUAAACCACGCGGUGGAACUCAAGAGACAGCUGGAAAACAACAAGAUAGAAUAUGAGAUUAGAGGUACCUUCAAAGUCAGAGCUCAUUUUGGAAUGAUUCAUUACUCUUAUUCGCUGCACGGGAGGUGCCAACUUCAGAUGACCGGUCCACCAACCGGAAUCCUGAUUUCUCGUAAUUGCACGACGAAGAAACGAUGAAGAAGACGAUACGGUUCUCUGAGUCAGUAGUCAUCUGCAAAGUCUCUAGUUUUGGCAUGUUCUUCAAGUAUAUUUCUAUUUGCUUUCCCACAAAAUGUAUAAAUGAACAAGACCUAGUGAA